UGCAUUGUGGGCUCGCCGGGAGCCUCGGAGUCGAACCUGAAUGAAAGUGGCGCGCCGCUGAGGAGCCGGGUGGGGUUGCCGGCGCUAGGGUCCGGGCCGCUCGCUCCCGAGCGGUCGGCUAGGUGGCGGUGUGCGGCGCCGACAUGGCUUACAACAAGAUCCCGCCGCGGUGGCUGAACUGUCCGCGGCGCGGCCAGCCGGUGGCAGGAGUCUGGCGGCCAGAAGAAGGAAUCGGAUCCUUUGGAACUGGAGUCACAUGUGGUUGUGAACCAUCGUAUGGGUGCUGGGAAUUGAACCCAGUUCCUCUGCAAGAGCAAUAAGUGCUCUUAACAGCUGAGUCAUCUCUCCAGCCCCAAGUUUAGAUUCUUUACGGAUGUUUCACUCAUUGGAAGAUUCCUACCUCUGAAGACAAUGCUGGGGCCACGAUAUGAUAGUCAAGUUGCUGAAGAAAACCGCUUCCAUCCUAGUAUGCUCUCAAAUUACCUAAAGAGUCUGAAGGUUAAAAUGAGCUUGUUGGUGGAUCUGACAAAUACUUCAAGGUUCUAUGACAGAAAUGACAUAGAAAAAGAAGGAAUCAAGUAUAUCAAACUUCAGUGUAAAGGACAUGGUGAAUGCCCCACGACUGAGAAUACCGAGACGUUUAUUCGCCUGUGUGAGAGGUUUAAUGAAAGAAGCCCACCUGAACUUAUAGGUGUUCACUGCACCCAUGGCUUCAACCGGACCGGUUUCCUCAUAUGUGCCUUUUUGGUGGAGAAAAUGGAUUGGAGUAUUGAAGCAGCAGUUGCUACAUUUGCCCAAGCCAGACCACCAGGAAUCUAUAAGGGUGAUUAUUUGAAGGAACUUUUUCGUCGCUAUGGUGAUAUAGAAGAAACACCACCACCACCUGUAUUGCCAGAUUGGUGUUUUGAGGAUGAUGAUGAAGAAGAUGAGGAUGAAGAUGGGAAAAGGGACUCAGAACCUGGGUCAAGUGCUUCCUUUGGUAAAAGGAGAAAAGAACGGUUAAAACUGGGUGCUAUUUUCUUGGAAGGUAUAACUGUUAAAGGUGUAACUCAAGUAACAACUCAACCAAAGUUAGGAGAGGUACAGCAGAAAUGUCAUCAGUUCUGUGGCUGGGAAGGGUCUGGGUUCCCUGGAGCACAACCUGUUUCCAUGGACAAGCAAAAUAUUAGACUUUUAGAGCAGAAGCCAUAUAAAGUAAGCUGGAAAGCAGAUGGUACUCGUUAUAUGAUGUUGAUCGAUGGCACAAAUGAAGUUUUCAUGAUUGACAGAGAUAAUUCAGUGUUUCAUGUUUCAAAUCUGGAAUUUCCAUUUCGUAAAGAUCUUCGCAUGCAUUUAUCAAAUACACUUUUAGAUGGGGAAAUGAUCAUUGACAAAGUAAAUGGACAGGCUGUUCCAAGAUAUCUGAUAUAUGACAUAAUUAAAUUCAAUGCACAACCAGUUGGAGAUUGUGAUUUUAAUAUUCGACUGCAGUGUAUUGAGCGUGAAAUCAUAAGUCCACGACAUGAAAAAAUGAAGACUGGGCUCAUUGACAAAACACAAGAACCAUUUAGUGUCAGACCUAAACCAUUUUUUGACAUCAACAUUUCAAGAAAGCUCCUGGAAGGGAAUUUUGCCAAAGAAGUCAGCCAUGAAAUGGAUGGACUUAUUUUUCAGCCUACUGGAAAAUAUAAGCCUGGGCGAUGCGAUGAUAUUUUGAAAUGGAAACCUCCUAGUCUGAACUCGGUGGAUUUUCGACUUAAGAUAACAAGAAUGGGAGGAGAAGGGUUGCUUCCACAGAAUGUUGGCCUUCUCUAUGUUGGAGGUUAUGAAAGACCCUUUGCACAAAUCAAGGUGACAAAAGAACUAAAACAGUACGACAACAAAAUUAUAGAAUGCAAAUUUGAGAAUAACAGCUGGGUCUUUAUGAGACAGAGAAUAGACAAAAGUUUCCCAAAUGCCUACAACACAGCCAUGGCUGUGUGCAACAGCAUCUCGAACCCUGUCACAAAGGAGAUGCUAUUUGAGUUCAUUGACAGAUGUGCGGCAGCUGCCCAAGGACAGAAACGGAAAUAUCACCUGGACCCUGACACGGAACUCAUGCCACCCCCACCACCCAAGAGACUGCACCGGCCAACCUAGUCCUGCUGACCUCGUGCUCAAGAGGAAAGAAGAGUGAGAAGAACGCUGCCGCCUCAUUUUCACAGCCAGAGGGUGAAAGAGACAAGUGUGGCUUGGUACCGGCACAUGUGUCUUAAGGGAAGCCGUGGAGCCAGCCUGUAUAUAUUUGUUACAUUUGGUUUCUCAGAACCACAGUGCAUCAUGGACCUAAAUAUUUUAUUUAUACCUGAUAAAUUCAGCCUUACCUUGUGGAGUUUGAAGAUUGAAAUAUCCAAAGGUUUAAAUCAGAUUGAAGUCAGUGAAGUAGAGGCCUUGUUUGUAUGUGAACAGAUACCUUUACAUUUGAUUCACAACUAGCAAUCUGAAACUGUGAGCACAUUGAGUUUUUUAGAAGUUGGAUUUUAAGUUUUCCUCUUAAAAAUGUAGACAGUGACAUUAAAAAUUCUCGCUCUCACUUAUCAUGGAUUUCCUAUAUUUCUGAAUUUUCUAUAUUCUGAACAAUGACAAGGUCAAGUAUUAUGCACAUUAAACAUUUUGGUCUGGCUAUCCCAUUUUAAAAAGGUUUUUUGUUUUGUUUUUGGUGUGUGUGUGUGUGUGUGUUUGGGUGGGUGGGUGAGAGGUAAAAGUAAAACAGUAACAGCCCCCCCCCAAUGAAUUAUAUCCUUUCUUUAGAAAGUACUUUGAGUAUUUUUACCGUUUCUCUUGUUUGAGCCACAGUGUCAGAUGUCUGGUGUUCCAUCCUGGCAGUGGUUUUGAGUUACUAUGUGCACUUAGAUAAUAGAGCCCAGGUCCCUCGUGUGCUGCAGUCCUCAGAACAUCGCUUCUUUCAGACGCCAGGGCCCUUGUGCUUUACCUCAGUGGGAUCAUCACACACCACUCACUGUGAUCUCUGGGAGCAAUAGCAAACACAAAUGGUGUUGUGUUAGUUCCCUCAAACAAAGCGUCAGAAGCAAUAGUGGCUUAUUUCUUUAGUUGGAAGGUAAUGUCAACUGAAGAAGAUGUUGUCUCUAAGAAACGCCGUCCUCCCUCUGGAUAGAUGCAAAUGCAUUGCAGAGACUGAUCAUGGAGGACAAGAUGAUGCUUCCACUGUUACAGUUGCACCGGUGUCUGGGGGAUGAUAUUUCAGUGAUGCAGCUUCACUUCUGUGUUUACUAUAGACAGUGGGUUUAAAAGGCAGCUAAUGGUCCCUGACAUUGUAAAAAAAAAAAAAAAAAAAAAAAACUGUUCUGAUUGGCUUGUGAGGGAACUCAGAACUAGCAAACAGCUUAAUGUAUUUAUUUUUAGAGACACAGGUUUUAAGGAUAUGUAUUUAAUUAAAACAAAUUUUCAUGAUCUGAAUUUUUAUAUAUGUAUAAGCAUAUCUGUUAAAGUAUAUGCAACAGUGUAUAUUCUUGUACUGAUACAGCCAGAAGUGACAACCCAAAUGCGCUACCUAGCAGACUGAGUAUCUGAUGAAAUUUUUAUUUGAGUAGCACAGAAGAACCAAAACUGUAUAUGAGCCUGAGUUUUAAUGUUUUUAAACCUUUUCUUCUGCAGUACUUUUCUACAUGGAAUACUAGGGCUGUGUGUGCUUGGGCUUAUGCCUCUGUUGUUCCCAAGUUAUGUAAUGUGUAGUAAAUUUAUUCAAAAUGCUGUUUUAA